AUGCCGACCAGACGCAUCUUGCGGUGCGCUCAACGCGUACUUCCCGGUCUUGUCGGACCGCCAUCUAUUUUCAGAAAAGCUAGGAGCCCGCGACCCCCAUCGGUGUGGUUCCAGAGUCACAUCCCGUCCCAAAAUGUCUACACUGUUUUUCGGACAACACGAAGACGACCUACACCCUACCAUCAUAUGUACCAACCCCUACACUCAAGUAGCUGUCCUCAAUUACGUACCCUUUUUACCGAAUCUAUACCACCAAUCCUGAUUCCUCCCGUCAUAUUCAUGGGACUGCUUCUUUCUCUAUGGACUUGGAAAUGCUUCUGGAUUGUAGUGAUGCAAGAGAAGCUUCUCUAUCUCACCUGGCUGCCACCAUUUGCACGAUCUGAAACGGUCUCAGACUACGAGGGUCAAUGUAAGCCAGUGCGCUGGCAAACACACCAAAUCCGGAGUCACGAUGGUACCAAACUAGCAAUAUGCGAAGGCCGCAUUCCCGUCAAAGCCACCUCGCCUGGAAGCAUUCAGGAGUCGAGAAAUCAUUGUAAGAAGAAAUUAGUGGUGACCUGCUACUUCCAAGGCAACGGAGGCUCCACCCCCAUGAGAUUGCCCCUUCUAUCGCAGUUCUUGCGCGCAAUGCGCGCCUCUCCAAAAUCUUCUGCUUCAGCAUCUGUGGAGAAAGACUACGUGGUUGUUGCUCUUUCCUAUCGUGGUUUUUGGACCUCAUCUGGCCGUCCUACUCAGCAAGGUAUUGAGCUCGACACUCAGGCCUUUCUUGAUUGGGUUAAGGAGACAUAUGCUGCCCCGGACACAGAUCUGCAGGUCAUUCUGUGGGGGCAUAGUUUAGGAACAGCGGUCGCAACUACCGGUCUCGCUACGUAUCUUCCUCGGUCGCACACUGCAGAAUUUCAAGCGCCGGCUUCUAUUGCUGGUGUUAUCCUUGAGGCUCCUUCAUCCAGUGUCAAGGAUAUGUUGAUCAGCCUCUAUCCUCAGAGAUGGCUGCCUUAUCGAUAUUUGUGGCCGUUUUUGCGGAGCCAUUGGGAUAGUAUCCUGGCUAUGGAGCGGAUGGCGCGGUGGAGAGACGACCUCAAGAAUAUAGAUGAUCAAUGUACGGAUAGCGAUGGUGACAAAGCUGUAUUGCCACCAGUCCUCAUAUUGUCUGCCGAGAAAGACGAGGUAAUCCCGCCACAUGCGGCAGAUGAUCUGGAACGAGAAGGGAAACGCCUUGGCCUGGAUAUCUCUCGGAAGCAUGUUCUAGGAGCUCUGCAUACAGAGAUUCCAGUCAAGCCGAGUGGUAGAGAAGCUAUGGUGGACUUUGUUGCUCGAUGUACAUCUAGGCCUGCCGGGGAUAGGCGCAAUGUUGCUUAG